AUGAUGCGACGCGUGCUUCGUGCCAAGGUCCUACAUUUGCCAGGGGUGUCACGUCGUGCUGCGAGCUCCUUCACGGCUGGUGGCAGCAAUGAAGGGUCACGUCGUCAAAAUCGGGAGCGCACGUUGGAGACAAAAUCAUCCGCAUUUCAUGUUGGUAGUCGCGUGGCGAAGAGCGAGAUGCAUCGGACACCAUCGAGUGAUGUUACCCGAAAGAGCCAUUUGAGGGCGGAGGAGAAGACAGGGGUGCUUUUCCCGGAUGCCCAGACGCACGAAUUGGAUGAGAUGGAGGUUGCGGAUGAAAAAGAAACUCCCUUAAUGGAGAACAUACGGCAACAGAAAAGGCAAGAGUAUGAUGAUGGUGAUGACGAUGGCGAAGAAGAAGUACGGGCGCCUCCAAACCUCAAAAGAAGAUAUGACUGUUACAUUCGGCCAAAACGAGAGACAGUUGUUCUCACAAGCUCCUUUGCCAAUCGUGUUUCAGCGGGGGCGGACAUGGAUGAGGAUGACGAAAUGGAGGAUGACGUGACCAAGAUCUACAUGAGUCCGGCACUCUCCAAGGGAUGUUGCGGUGAGGGUAGGGUGACCGGUGCGCGUGUUACUGAGGCUGAUGAACGCGAUGUACUCAGGACGGUUGAGACGCAUGACGAGAACGCGAUAGAUGGCAUGGAAGCUGGACAGGAUAAUGGGAACGAAGUGGAAAAAGAGGCAACUGAAAACAGCGAGGAGAAAGAUGAAUUUAAAAAUGUGAAGAAUCAUUCGUUUUAUGCAGAUCUUUUUCGACGCAUGGAGAAGAACGCCACACGUCACCGACCGCAAAUUAAAUCAGCUGGUCGUUAUAACUUGGAGGCUGUAAAUCUGUGCCUUCGACCUCUCCUUCAACUCACAGAUUACCCGCUUACCAUUGGUCAACUGCAGCAAAUGGCACCGUUCAUUUACUCGAACCUUUUGAGGCGUUCUCUCCCUGACCUGAAGGCAUGUCGACGUCUUCACAUUUAUCGCUCUGCCGAAACAGAUGUCAUACUGGAUUGGUCAAUGGAGGAUUUUCUUCGUCGACGCUAUGAAAGUAUUCACCUCUCAUGGGAGCCGGUAAAAAUUGUCAUGAUGCGCCUUGGCUGGAACCAGGAGCUGAUGACAGAUCGCGACUGCCUCUUGUACUUUUCAAAAUUUCGGGACUACAUCGAGCUGGCGGAACUGGAGCUGAGCGCGGGGGAUGACAAACCAAAGGCUCUACCAAUUGACGACGCCGAGCGAACGGCAGAACAGCGGCCUAUCCCAGUUUCUAAACUUCUCAUACGUCGCAAGGCGACGGAGGAAACGGAGCCAUCCGUGACAGAGGCGAUUCGGCUUAUGGGAACACCUGCAUUGUCAAAGCCUGCCAAAUCACGAAAGGCCCACGUGCCUGAAAAAGACAGUGUGGAAGGGGCAUUUGAACUUAUCCAGCGCGAGGCGUCAAGUGUGGAUGGUGAUGAGAAGACGAAGCUGCAGCACGCUAUUAAUGCUGCACCUUCCUUGCGUCAGGCCAGUCAUCCCUCUGGUCGCUGCGUAAAGGAGUUUUCAAUUGGAAAGGAAAAGCAUACCGUGAUUUCUGAGGGGUCUCCGGCUGCCCCUGCGAGAAUUGAAAGUCAUCCGUUUGAUGAAGGCCGUCGUGCAUACACCCCCGAAUCCUACGAGGCUCUUGCUAACGCAUACCACAAGAGAAGGGUGGAGGCAUCACAGAUACGUCGUCGAAUUUUGAACACAGACAGCAUUGAUCACGCCAGUGAGCUACAGGAGAAGCUUGCCGCGGCUCAGAGGGAUCUUCCACGUUUGCGCGAGCAACUUGAAAAGAUGAGGCAGCUGCGACGCUCAGAGAAGACUGAUUCUCCGGGGAGAUCACACAACUCUUUUUCCAACUCGGAGAAACAUACUAAUGAGAAUGGGCCGUCAGAUGAAUUUGAAAACAUGGAGUAUGUGGACGAUAAGAUUUCAAGGGAGAUGCAAAAAGGACAAAAUGCUUCCAUGACGUCACGCACUUUUACAGAAUUGAACUCUGUGAAGCAGCAGCAGCAGCGGCAGCGCCAACAAGAAAAGGGACAAACUGAAAAAAACCUUGAUGCCGCCGAAGAUAAAAUGAAGAUUGAACCUGUGGAUAAUGCAGAUGGAUGCGAAGCUGAGAACAAUAGUUCAGGAAAUCGCGGCAACGCUUCACCUUCAGGGGAGAUCGAAUCACUGUCUUCGGCGGCGUUAAUGUUAAGGCAGGAGAUUGAGUCCUUGCAGGAAAAACGUCGCCAUGAAGAGGAGGUCCUUCUAAAGAAGAUGGAAGAAGCACUUGGCACACUGCUCAAGAUUGAAGAUACGAUGAAACGUGUUUCACAGCGCGAGGCAAAUGAGAUAGAGCGAAAGAAAUUGGAGAUGCAGAAAAAAGAGGAAGCAGAAAAACGUAUGAGGCGGGAGCAGGCAGAAGCACGGGCCCGUGCUUUGGAAGAGGAACUGCUGCGCAAACAUGAAGAACGGGUAAAGAUUCUCAGCCAACAGCGUGAGGAGGCUCGUAAGGCGCAGCGAGAGGCGGAGCUUGCGCUGGAGCGGCAAAAGCAGGCAGAGCAAGCCGCAUUUGAGGCAGAGGCAGAACUGGAGCGAAAACUACAAGAGGCUAAGUCAAAAAUAUGGAAUGAAGAAGAAAAUGAGGAGCUGACAUGUGGUGGUUCACUAACGCCGCAAGCAAAGACCGCAGGGCCACCAACAAUUCAUGCAGAACGGUCAACGGAGUGUGGAGCGUCAAGCAAACCGGUACAAUCCGACACCAGUACCCAUAAUGCCAACGUCUCCAGUGAGCCAUCAUGCACACCGGAGCAGUACGACGGUCUUUGCCUUGGUGCAGAACGGCUGCGAAAAGAAAUUACGGAGCUUGAACGUCAGAUGGAAAACGAGGGGGAUGAAGAUGACAUGACGCUGAUGGCUGUUUUGGCAACAUCGCGGUCGGAUCUGGAGGAACUGGAGGAUUUUAUCCGCGUUGUACGUCGCAGAGAAGCUUGGGCUGCAGAGCGUGACCAAGCACGAAAAGAGGAAAUGGAACGUCAGGAAAGGGGGCGAGGGAAGCACCCAAAUGAUUUACAAGAGAAGAUUGCUGCCAUUCGCUUUCAGAUUCAUCUCAUGGAAAAAAGACUGCAGCAUGCGACUGAACGAAACAUCAUCACUAAACUUGAGCAGGGGAUCAUUAACAGCAGACGCGAGAUAAGCCGGCUGCGAGUUGAACAGGAUCGACUGCGGCGAUCUGGGCAUCACGCGGAUGCUGGUGGCAUUUGCAUUCCAUCUUCCAUAAGUAUUGCAGAGACGUUGGCGCAGGAAGAAGCCAAGAAUGCGGAGGUGAUUUCGGAAGAAUCUGAGCAUAUCGCGGAAGAGGUCAAUGCUGCCCAUACACAAGGCACGGGCGACGCGUAUGAAAAUAGAACGACGAAUGUGGAAGACGAGGAUGAGGCUGAUCAGCCCGAGUCUGUUAAUGAUACCGAGGAUGCCGUUACAGGAGAGGAAUACGAUGAAAACGAAUACGCCGAAGAUAACUCUCUCAACGGUCAAGUUAAGACACUGGAAGAUGGCCAAAAAGAGUUACAGCGGUUAACAGGACGGAUGGAGAGCAUAUUGGAUGACAUCAAGCACCUUGAAGAAAAUAUUGCUUUGCAGGAGGGCGCAGAGGAUGCCGAGGUGACUGCCGCAUCACUUUCCGAGCUGCAAAAGAAGCUCCAGCAACUCCUGGAAAUGCGUGAUGCCAUUAAGAUUCGGACGGAGCAACUGGCUUUGGAGGACUCUGCACCCAAAAGCAUUUCUGUUUCGCGAGCUCCUGCAGCCAUAGAAACGGAAGCCGCAAACAAAUUGAAAAAGACGACGACGAUGACUGCAGCUACCAGACGGCCCAAAGUUCUUGCACCGUUGUCCAACCGGCCUGUGUCGAGCCACGCCAGCCGUGCCGAGGAAGAGGUGCUUCGUUUCGAGCACCACACCAGGGAGAACUACCAGCACGCCUCCCAGCGUGGAACGCCAGCUGCGCGUAGGAUGCGAAAGGUUGCCAAAGGGAAGAAGGCCCGACGAUAG